AGGAAGAGAGGAAGGGAGAGGGAUAGUUGGACAGAGUGCUGAACGUAGGGCAGUGCAUCAUUGUGUUAUGAUGUGAGCAGGGAGGCAGGAAGGAGGAGAGGGACCAAAAUAAGAGGAGAGAGGGAAUAAACUGAGAACGCAGCUGGACUACAUGUCUAGUCUGAGGGAGCCAGAUUAGUGGUGACUCAGAGCUUUUGGAAUACUUACCAGAAGGGAAUAUGGCUUUGCACCACUGUUAGACUGCAUAGUGUAUGUUCAUGUGAGUUUGUGUGUGCCACGGAGGGACUGAAAGGGAGAAGGAGUUCAACCUCAUCAAAAAAGAGUCACUCAGUGCCCCCCUCCUCAAAGACUUGGAGCAGAGGAGUACAGAGGAGGGGGGCAAGGUGGAGAGGAGGCCAGGUAGAGAGGUGGACCCCCACGUCUGGACCCAGAACACCUCAAGGACAAAGUGAAACGUGCCACAGCUCAACCCAAGGUUUGACAAACGCUGACAAUGAUGUGAUGGUGAUGGUGGACACAAGCUCUCCUGGGUUUUCAGGCCACUGAGUCAGUCGGCCAGGUGAUGGGGAGACGGGCGGCUGACCUGACCACUCCUGUGCCAGUACUGGGAGUUCCCGCCCUGGUGGGGGUCCGUGGUUGGAGUACAGCAGGGGGGGAGAGGGCUGGGGGAGUGCUGCCACUGACAUGGGGUCCCCAGUGCAGCAUCGGAGUGCAGACUUCACCCGGCGUGAGAGCGCCACCCAUCCUGUACGGGACAAAACUAACAGGCACAUUCCCCAGUCAAUCAGAAAGAAGCAUUACUCCUACAUGCAAUGGCUACAUCCCAAAAGAGGCAAAGGAAGAGGAGGGAAUCAGACGGACUAAGAGUGUCAGACAAAGAGGUGUUCUUUCAAAACAGAGGAGUUUAGAUUCCAAGACCAAAAAGGGUGUAACAUUUGAAGAGAUUUCCAGUGAGCUUACAGAAAAUGUGGUCUUCAACCAAUGGAAAAGUGGGACUUAUUGCUAUGUCCGAGCAAUCAAGACUAACCCACACCUAUUAGGGGGCGUGGGGAACGGCAAGAUCAAAGGGAGGCGGGACUUGCGCUACACAAAUGGCAGCGUAGUUGACUCGGAGGCUAUAGGAGGGAUUUGUAUUGAUGGCAGUGAUGAGGCGGAGCCUGUCUCGACCAUGUCCUCUCGAGGAAGGGACCAAUCAAAACCUAAAGAACAUUCUGUGGCACAUUCAUAUUGUGGGAAUGCAAAACGAGCACCUGCUCCCCCACCUCUCUGGAUGCUCCAGCAAAUGUGCAGACACUGUGGAGGGAGGCAGACUGUGGUCCCUGGAGCUGGAGAUGCCAGUCUGGAAGUUAAGAGCCAUUCCUCUGCAUGCCCUGAAGGAACAACAGCCAUGAUAACACCUAUUUCACUCACAGACAGAAACCACCUUCUCCCUUCACAUACUGAGAAAAAGAAGAACUCUACAUGCUCCGCUCCGAGGCUUGCAGACAGGGAUCUGAUACAAAGACAGCUGACACAAACAGAAUCUCAAUCCACCCACCCCCGCUGUAAACCCCCUAUUCAAAACAACAAAGACAGGAAGCCCAGCCUGCCUGCAAACCCAGCGCCUGCAUGGAAAACCAAAGAUCUGAAACAGACUAAUGGUUAUACCUCACAUCAUACAUACCCCCUGCAUACCUCUACCAGAGACCCAGUAGAAACCCUAGUUACACCUUCACAUACACACUCAGACAAGCCAACCCGCCAAAGAACCAUCUUACACACAAAAUCUAUUACAGUCACUAAGGCAACUAUUGAACCCAGGCGUGCAGAUGCCAACACCCUUGAGACCCCAUCUCACUGGAGUAAGAUUUCUCGACCAAAAAUACUCAAAAUGUAUCCUCAGAUCGCAAUAGCCACCAGGGCAAACACGCCAUGCACACACCGUAAACAUCCAAAGACACCCACACACCCAAACACACCAUACAGAACCUUUCCUCCAAACACACCAUACAGAACCUUUCCUCCAAACACACCAUACAGAACCUUUCCUCCAAACACACCAUACAGAACCUUUCCUCCAAACACACCAUACAGAACCUUUCCUCCAAACACACCAUACAGAACCUUUCCUCCAAACACACCAUACAGAACCUUUCCUCCAAACCAUGUUAAUCCAUCUCAUGUUAUUAGAGCGCCUAAGCCUGAAAACACAUCAACACAGUCUACCACUGCUACAACAUUACAUAGAAGUGCACCCCCUUACCCUGCUAACACACACGCAACUAAACCCCCUAACUCUGCAAACUCACACACAGCUACACCUCCCACCCCUGAAAGCACACUGACGACAACCACAACACUCCUAAACAGUGCUACUAAAACGAUACAUAGAACAACACUCCCUAGCCUCACUAACACAUUACACAUAGCUACAACUCUAAAACCAGCAAACACACCAUGCAAAGCCACUCGCUCUUACCCUUACAACCCAUCACACACAUCUACUCUCACAAGGUAUUAUAACCCAUCACACACAACUACUCCGACAAGCUCUUAUAACCCAUCACACACAACUACUCCCACAAGGUAUUAUAACCCAUCACACACAACUACUCCCACAAGGUAUUAUAACCCAUCACACACAACUACUCCGACAAGCUCUUAUAACCCAUUACACACAACUACUCCCACAAGGUAUUAUAACCCAUCACACACAACUACUCCCACAAGCUAUUACAACCCAUCACACACAACUACUCCCACAAGCUAUGAUAACCCAUCACACACAAAUACACCCACAAAGCCUUUGUUCCAUACACUUAACCUGUCAAACACAUCACACACACCUAGUUCCCCUGACUCAGCUAAUGCAUCCCCCAUAACACCCCCUAACGUUGAUAACGCAUCACAUACAACUAUAUCCUCUCUCUCUUCAAAUGCCUUAUACACAGCUACGCAGCAUCAGUCCUCAUCCACGUCACUGACGAACUGUAGACCACUGAUCAUGACACAGACACACAACAAUAAACCACCUGACCCAUCAAACAGAUCAACCACUAACACGCAGAAUAACAGCACAUUUAUAAAUACACAUAUUGAACAAACCGCUGCCCUUCACACCAGCUCUCAUAACAGAUUUGUUGUUGAUCCAAUAAUGCAUACAAAUGUAUAUGCCAAAGUAUUGUCUCUGUCAAAGCAAAAGUAGACACUGUAAUCCUGUCAUCGUAUCACAGACACAUCAGGAAAGACACUCUGGAAUAUUCAGUGCAUUACAGGUACCUAACCUUCCAAAACACAUCACUGAAAUAAAGAUAAACAAAGAAUGGGAACAGCAGGGGCACAUUGUCACACAACAUCAGGGAGACCUUUUCACAAACCUAAAACCUGGAUCUGAGUGUCAGAUACAUUCUCACAAAGAGCACAUUCCCUCCAGCGUGUUACAUACACAUGCAAAUACCACAUUUAGAUUCAGCCUUGACAGGCAGAUAUACAGAAAUUAUGCUCCACCUUCCAGCACACCACAGACACGAACAGAUCCUAAGCCCCUCAUUGCAUCACAGACAAACACUACUGCACAUGUCAAACCCAUCACCGAAACACCAAACCACAUAAACACAGACUUCCGUUCCACACCAACCCCACACAAACACACAAGCCCCACACACCGACUCAUACCACAGGCCCGUCCAUACACAAUCACUGAGCUCCUCACGCACAAAGCCAUAAACCCCAAGUACAACCCCCUUUUACCACCAUCACGCAUGGCACACCUAGGAUCCUACACCCUCACCCAUCCCAAUCAGACACACCAGAUGAUCCAUCCAGUAUUUUUGUUGUCAAGUACCAUCCCACAACCCUCCCGAGACGACCCUAGGCUGGCUCACUCCCACCCGGCUGAUAAAGACCUGCUGCUGCUGCCCCCCUCCCCACAGUGCAGCAGGCCAGCCCCUCUCCAGAGGAGGCUGCAGUGUGUGGAGGCCAGCCUGGCAGCCAACCAGGACAGGAUCACUACACUUCUCAACAUCAUCCAAGACCUUGAGAUGAGCCAUGCUCUCAGCAAGGGUCGGCGAUGCUACAGGACAGGCCAGGACCUCCGGGAGUGCUCCACCUGUCAGAAGACUGCUUGUAUUGUAUAUAGUGUGGAGUAUGACUUCAGGCAGCAAGAGAGAUGUUUCUUGGAGGUUUUGUAUCCUCAGAGGGCUGACAACAACACUCCUCCCUCCCUGCCCCACAACAGCACCCUGCUGACGAACGCCAUCACUAAGACCAUGACCAAGUCCAAGGUCAAAAGCAAGAAGUUGUGCAAGAUGCUUUUCCAAUGGCUGCCUAGGAAAAUUCAGAGGACAAAGUCCUCCUUUCACCAACUCUCUCCAGAUCAUUUGAAUUCCUAGCAUGUUAUUCAUGAGGUAUUGAGGUAUCCCUGUAAUAUAAGAUCUGAUGGUGUGUUCAAGACAACUGGGAACUCUGUAAAAUACAAGGUCAAAUCAAGACGUCAGUGAUCUUCAGGUCGGAAAGUCAGAGCUCUUGAAAGAGGCCGAGUUCCUGAGUCGGAAUUCUGAGUUAGAUGAACGUUCCAAACGAUUUUUCCCUGUCCGAGCAAGUUUUUCUGAGAGUUCCCUGUUGUCUUGAGCACACUGAAGUCAGAAGUCAGAGAUUUCCAAGUUCCCAGUUGUUUUGAACUCGGCAUGAUGUCCCUAUCACAGCAAGUAGCACUUGUCAUCGUAGAAGACACCUACAUCCCUUCCUGUCCACAUGAUGGGUGUUCUGAAAUCUGAUUUGCUCCUUAAUGGCUGGUUGACACCCUACUGUCCAAUUAGGACAUAGCAUGAACAGGAAUUGCCUUUAGUAACUACAGACCUUUGUCCAGUCUAGCAACAGUCUAUCAUAUGGAGAAAACUUCAUCCCUCAGGUUAAAAUCAUGAACUUUCAUCCAAAGCACAUGCACUAGUUGUUGAACUAGAUACGACAUCCAAAAGUUUUCUAGAUUGCAAUCACAAUUUUCAGAGCCUAUUCUAGAUGACAGUCCAUAUUCUAUAGUAUUUUAUUGUAGCUAAGCAUCAAGUGAAGUGUUUCCAUCCUCUUACAGAUUCCCCUACCAGCUUAUCCCAGGGUCAAUGUAUAUACAUCAUAUUUUUGUGAAAUAAACCAAAGCCCACAGUACAUACUGUAAACAUUUUCUUUUCAUGUGUGAUUAAAAUUGCUUAUCGCUGA